AUGUCGGUAGUACAACAGUGCGUCUUCUGCGUUUCUUCGAUGGAAUCCUGCGAUCAUCUCUUCCGCGAAUGUGUGUUCGUCCGUUACCUACUUCUCUCUGUCGCGAACCUUCCGACUUCCCAUUUGGCGGAUCCUAACGAUGUUCGUGACUUCUGGACCUCCUUUUCCAACAUUCAAGAUGCUGCUAAGAGGUCGGAGGGUCUAUCUUAUCUAGCGGCAAUUUGCCAUCUCUACGAUCCUCUAUCCCUUGUCAGGGACCACAGGGUGAAGGAACUUUUAAGUGCUGAAGGCGUAACUGUGCGCUCGUUCAAUGCCGAUCUGCUUUAUGAGCCAUGGGAGAUUAACGACGAGAACGGCCAUCCGUUUACUACCUUUGCAUCUUUCUGGAAUAAAUGCCUCAGCAUGCCCAAUGACCCUGCAGCACCUCUGCUGCCACCUAAAAGAAUAAAUUCAGGUGACAUAUCGAGGUGCCCAUCAGAUAACUUGGUCUUUGAAGAUGACUCUGAAAAGGGAAGCAAUGCUCUUCUAGCUCGAGCAUGGUCGCCAGGUUGGCGCAAUGCGGACAGGUCCCUGACUGCCUUCGUAAAUGGCCCACUGAUUGGAUACUCUGUGAACCGAAAGAAAGCAGAUAGCGCAACCACAUCUCUUCUUUCGCCCCACUUACAUUUUGGUGAACUAAGCGUCCGCAAGGUCUUCCAUCUUGUUCGUAUGAAGCAGCUCUUGUGGACCAAUGAGGGAAACAGAGAAGGCGAAGAGAGUUGCAGCUUAUUUCUCAAAUCUAUCGGCCUUCGAGAAUAUUCUAGAUACUUGAGCUUCAACCACCCGUGCAGUCAUGAGAGGCCUCUUUUAGCACACCUUAGCUUUUUCCCAUGGGUGGUAAAUGAGGGCUACUUUAAAAUUUGGAGACAAGGUAGGACUGGUUACCCUCUGGUAGAUGCUGGUAUGAGAGAGCUGUGGGCAACCGGUUGGCUACAUGAUAGGAUCCGUGUGGUUGUGUCCAGCUUCUUCGUGAAGGUCCUGCAACUUCCUUGGAGGUGGGGGAUGAAGUACUUCUGGGACACGCUAUUAGAUGCUGAUCUCGAAAGCGAUGCCCUAGGCUGGCAAUAUAUAUCUGGAACUCUUCCUGAUGGUCGUGAAUUGGACCGUAUUGAUAACCCUCAGUUUGAAGGUUAUAAGUUCGAUCCAAAGGGAGAAUAUGUACGGCGCUGGCUUCCCGAGCUUGCCAGGCUACCUACUGAAUGGAUACACCAUCCAUGGGAUGCACCUGAAUCCGUGCUACAAGCAGCAGGAGUUGAGCUAGGCUCCAACUACCCUCUCCCUAUUGUAGAAAUAGAUGCCGCAAAAGCUAAACUCCAAGAAGCCCUUGCAGAGAUGUGGCAGCUAGAAGCUGCUUCACGAGCCGCAAUAGAGAAUGGAACGGAAGAAGGCCUCGGUGAUUCUUCAGAAUUACCAAUGAUCGAUUUUCCUCAAGAGAUCCGGAUGGAGGUGGAUCGUGAACCAAUCAGGACAAAUAAUUCCCCUACAGCAGUAAGGAGACGUGAGGACCAGAUGGUUCCUAGCAUCACUUCUUCAUUUGUUAGAGUUGAAGAGGAGGAGGUUUCUGUAAAUUUAGGAAACAAUGGUGAGGACAGUAGGCUAGAGGUGCCUUCAAAUGUAGAUUUUGAGACACAGCCCCAGAGAGAAGAUAUAGGUCAAGCUGCCAAUGAAACCAUAAGAAAUAAUGUUACCCAACAUUUCAGUCCUACAAGGAUUCGAGGUACUGUAUAUUCGGCAUCGGAAUCUUCUAGUAGCUGGACCGGGAGAGAUGGCGGUGUGGUUCCUGUUUGGUCCCCUCCGACGACAUCUGGCCGUUCAGGGCAUUUUGUUGCUGAUGAAACUGCUGUCAUUAACAACAGCUAUUUGGAAAGGCAUUCACAGCCUCAACAACUAAGGAAUUGGAGGCAGAUUUCACAGACAGUGACGACAAGUUGGGAGGUGGAAAAUGCUAUGCAGCCGAAUGCUAUCGGUUAGACUCUAGAGUGGCAAAUACUAAAUGUAAAUUAUCUUCCCCCCCUCCUUUAUUGCUUGCUCAAGCAACCUGAUCUUCCAAUGUGAAGUUUCUAUUGCGAAUCUAGUGCUCUAGGACCUGUAGUACACAUAGCUGUUUGUAUAGUUGUUACAAAGGAUUGUAUCAUUCACUAGAUAGCCAGUCUCUCUAAAUAAUGCAUGUCUAUAUCCUUCAUAUUUUUGAAUUUUUGGUUUAUUGAGCAGCCAAAUAUUCUGUUUCCUGAAAAUUGAUGCAGUACAAAACUGGAGGUCAUACUUCUCCGGGUAUGGCCAUAAUGGCUUAAGCAUGCAUUAUUGGUUGAUUGGUCGAAGAUACGAUGUAUCAUAAGGAUAUGAUGCAACAUUAAGAUUUUUACAUAGGUAACUUUGUAUAUUUUCCUUCUUACUAGUAGUCAGAAAAAUGAAAAGUAAUUCUCGCUCAUGUUUUGCAAAAACAGUAUGACAUUUUUUCUUGUUUGAGAAACAUUAUAUCUUUCUUUUGUUGAA